UAAGGCUUCCAUGGCAAGUGUCUUGAGGUCCACGGAUCUUAAGAACAUGAGCUGUUGAAGAAGCUCCUCUAUUUAAGCUCGCCUUUUCCCCUUUGCUCUACUUUCUUAACUGCUCUCUUCCAAUUUUUUGUUUUCAAGCACAAACUAUCUCUCUCACUUUCUCAUCAUCCCCUCGAUCUUCUAGUAUCCUUCCUUGGCUUUUCAUAUACAAAUAUUUUUAGCAGGCUGUGUAAAUAUUUAGGCUUGUGAUAUAUAUAUAUUUACAUCUUGUGGCCGGGGUUGCGAAUACUGGGUUUGAUUUGUAUUCCUUCAAUCCUAUACAUAUAUAUAGAAAUCAAACUAGCUAGCUAGCUAGCAAUUAAGUUUAUUCUUAUGGAAGAGGCAAUCGUGGUAAACAAAGGAGAGGACCUCAUCGAUUUGCCUCCAGGCUUUCGAUUUCAUCCCACGGAUGAGGAGAUUAUAACUUGUUAUCUUACGGAGAAGGUGGUGAAUAGCAACUUCAGUGCAAGUGCUAUUGGAGAAGCUGAUCUGAAUAAGUGCGAGCCCUGGGAUUUGCCAAAGAAAGCCAAGAUGGGAGAGAAGGAAUGGUACUUCUUUUGCCAGAGAGAUAGGAAGUAUCCAACAGGCAUGAGAACGAAUCGAGCAACGGAAUCUGGAUAUUGGAAGGCCACCGGAAAGGAUAAAGAGAUAUACAAGGGGAAAGGCCGCCUUGUUGGGAUGAAGAAGACCCUUGUGUUCUAUAAAGGAAGAGCUCCAAAAGGAGAAAAAAGCAACUGGGUUAUGCACGAGUACCGACUAGAAGGCAAAUUCGCCUACUUCAAUCUUCCCAGGGCUGCAAAGGAUGAAUGGGUUGUCUGCAGAGUUUUCCACAAGAACAGUAGUACAGGAAUCAGAAAGAGCUCAGCCCCAGAGGAGCUGCUGAGGAUGAACUCUUUUGGGGAUGAUCUCUUGGAUUGUUCUUCACUCCCACCUCUCAUGGAUCCUCCAUUUAACGCUAACCCUGCCUACUUCUCAAUGAGGGAGAACAACCAGCAUGAUCAGAAGAUAAUCUUCCAGCUUCCCACCAAUAAUAUUUACCAAAAUAGUAAUCCGAAUCCGAGUUCGAGUCUAUAUCCUCAAACUCCUACUAGUUUCUCCUUUGACCCAAAUCCAAACCCCGCGGCGGGUUAUAAUUUGCACCAAGGCUACGGCUUUGGAGUGGGUGAUCAUCAACAACAGGGAACAUCUGGAUCUGGAUUAGAAAGGCAGUGCAAGGUGGAGCAGUUCUCAUCUAAUAAUCAGUCCAUGCUCAGCCGCUCACAGGACACCGGGCUUAGCACUGACAUGAACGCCGAGAUUUCGUCUGUUGUUUCGAAGCAAGAUAUUGUAGGAAGCAACAGGUCUUACCAUGAUCACCUUCAUCAGGGUCCAUCCAAUAUUGGCCCCAUUGCAGAUUUGGAUUGCUUGUGGGACUACUGAAGAGUACAAAAUAAGCUUGUUCCUUAAUUAUUUUCUUUAUUUAGGUUAUUGUUUGAUUUCAAAUAUACAUGAGUCGCUUCCAAUAGGUAUAAUUAGUCAGAAGAUGUUUUUGGACACAAACUAUUCAUCAUGUCCAAACCUUUUCCGAUUGCAUUUUUAUUAUAAUUCAUAGAUCAGAUACCAAUGAAAUUAAUAUUUCAUCACCAUAAACUCA